GUGUUUCCGGGUUGGUGAUCUCUGAGUUGGCUCCACGGACCGAGCAGUGUCGUGUUGUGUGUCUGUGAAGGUUUCACAGUGAUGGGGGUCUGUGCGGGUCCGUGCGGGUCCCUGCUGGUCUGCCUGACCCUGCUGCUCUCCGCGGUCCCCCCUCUGACUGCUUGGGAGGCGGAUUUGGAACUGCUGGACCUGGUGGAGGAGAUCCCACAGACCUUCUACCAGUUCAUGUCCCUGGCCCAGGACGCCUCAGCAGUAGAGAUAAAGAAGGCGUAUCGCCGGAUGUCUCUCACGCUGCAUCCGGAUAAGAACAAAGACGAAGAUGCUGAGACUCAGUUCAGACAGCUCGUCGCUAUCUAUGAAGUCCUAAAGGACGAGGAGCGAAGACGCAAAUAUGAUGACAUCCUGGUGAACGGGCUUCCUGACUGGCGGCAGCCGGUCUUCUACUACAGACGAGUGAGGAAGAUGAGUAACUCUGAACUGGGCUUCCUCCUCUUCAUGAUCCUCACUAUUGGACACUACGCGGUCAUCUGGUCCAUCUACCUGGAGAAACAGCUGGACGAGCUGUUGAGUAAGAAGAAAAAAGAGAAGAAGAAAAAGCUGAGCUCCAGACCAGCAGAGGAGCUCAGGUGUAUCGGCCAGGAUCGGAUCGACAGGGUUCACGACCGACCUCAUUGGCAGGACAUCCUCCCUCUGAAGCUCAGCAUCUGGAUAUACCUGUCUGUCAAAAAUCUGCCUCAGACUGUGCAGGAGGUGAAGAAGUUCUAUGAGGACUAUCAGCAGAUGAAACAGGAGCAGAGAGAAGAAGCUGAAGCCGAACACGAAGCUGUGACCAGAGAGAGGAGACCAAAGGUCAAGAAGCCAAAGGAGCCAAAAGAGUUUCCAGUUUACAAGCCGUCAUCUGAGAACCUGAGCUACCAGAGCUAUGACCAGACCUCGUCCAUUGAGGAGAUCGAAGACCAGAUGGACGUCUGGCUGCAGGACAGCAGAGGCACUAGGAAGAAGGCUGCAGACUGGACGGAGGACGAGCUCAGUCUCCUCAGCAGGUUGAUGGUUAAAUUUCCAGGAGGAACGCCAGGUCGAUGGGAGAAGAUCGCACAUGAACUGGGACGAUCAGUAUCUGAAGUGACGACCAAGGUGAAACAGCUGAAAGACAAUGUGAGCCACACCUCAGGUCUGGUGAAGCUGUCUGAGCUGAAGAGCCCUCUUCCUGUGAGGGUACUUACUGUUGCUGACAGUGUGAUGACUCAGAGGGAGGGUGGGGCCUGGGAGGAAGAGCAGGAUGUAGAGGAAGCUCUGGCUGUGCGCCAGAGGAACAGGAAGUCCUCUGCUGACGGGGGAGGGAUGAAGGUCAAAAGUCGUCGGCAAAGAGAUUUCGACCCUGCGGCUGCGGAGGAAGAGGAGGAGUCAGAGCCUCAGGAGAGCAGAGACCGGGCGGAUCCUGCCGCUUGGACUCAGAACCAGCAAAGACUACUGGAACUUGCUCUGCAACAGUUUCCCCGUGGAACCAUAGAACGCUGGGACCGCAUUGCCAGGGUGGUUCCUGGGAAAACCAAGGAGGAGUGUAUGAUCCGUUACAAGAUGUUGGCUGAGCUGGUUCAGAAGAGGAAACAGGCCAAGAGCUGAUGAGCCCUGAUCUCCCAUCACACUGGUGAACCAUGUGACCUGUCAGUGUUUGUCUCAGUACAGGGGAGCUGCCCUCUGAGUGGACACAAUCACAAUUCAGUUUUUGUAUACGUUUGAUGUCUCACCUGCUCAGGUGUGGUUUUAAAAAUUCUAAUUUAAAAAAGGGAGGUGACAAGGUUGAAGUCACCUGACCUCCCACCUCACAGCUUCAUGUGCCUUAGCUCCAUUCAGCAUGCUGUCAAUCAACUUCGGUUCCUCAUCAAUAAACAGUAUUUAUUAUU